CCUCGUAUAAGGCCCAGGAUCUAUGCCUGGUCGCAAGGAAGUUUCUUCUCGACAACCAGGUUAAAAAAUUCGAAGCAUUGGCGUGACAAACGCGAGAAACGACGCUAGGAUUCUCACCUUCUUAUCUUAAAAAAAAAUGUACCUGUCAUGGCCGCAAGCCAGAGCUCUCUCUUCUGACAAUCCCUCCUGUUCUGAGCUCCUGUGAGCAGUUGACCGCAGACGAAGAAGUCGUCCAAAGCCGCGUCUCAUCUCCAGCCCCCCUUAUCUGCUUUGACGUAGUCGUAGACGCCAUGGCGAAGGAGCAGGACCCACCGCCAAAACCUGCGACCUUUCCUACCGCCCGGUCCUCCAUCUCGCGCUCUCUUUCUCACGCAUCCACGGCUCUGAGAAUCGAACGGGCAGCGGCCAUGAUCUCCAAGCUCGCGACUUUCCGGAGCAAGAGAACCUCCAAUCAGAAAGAUUCCAUCCACUUGUUGCAGAAGGGAAAGCAUGUGACUUCGAAGUUAGAUAUACCUUAUGGUUUAUCGAAACCAAUACUAGCUGAUGAAACAGAUUCUGAAGCAUCCUAUGGGAAACCAGUGUUGCCAAAUUCUGAUGCCUCACCUGUGGAAACGCAUAUUUCAGAUGGGAGCUCAAGCUUGAGCUCAUUCCAAAAAUAUGCCACAUAUGAUGGUAAAGAAAGCCAAACCACUUCGGUCUUAUCUGAGGAAACUGAUGCUGGCCCUUCUGUGUUGCUUCCCUACGAGGAUGCUGAAGAGCAGUUCUUGGAAGACUAUGAAGGUUACUUUCUGCACCUGUCUGUGGACAAUAUACGUAAGGAUCAAUACCCUAAGCUUGAACUGCAAAGAAUUGUCUACCUGGAUUAUGCUUCUUGCCCGUUGUACUCACGAUAUCAGCAGCAUAUGCAAUUCCUACUUGAAGAGACCGAUGCCUUCCUAGGUUCAAACUAUGCCACUGAAAAACAAAGUGCACUGCAUAAUAAUUAUGUAGAUAUUGCAAGUGAACACAUUUUGAAUCUUCUGAACACAAGCCAGAAUGAGUAUUCCACAAUUUUUACUCCUGGGCUUCCAUCUUGUUAUCACCUGUUUGGUGAGAUGUACAACUUAAAGAAAGGCACUCAUGUUCUUGCUAGCCCUGACCAUCAUAAGUCUAUCCGGCAUUUUAUUCAUGUGGCAGCACGGUCCAAAGUGAGAACAGGAGUAAUACCUCUUAAAAGCAAAGAUCUGUGCACCCAUGGUAAUGAUUUGCACAAGUUGCUGAGAAAACAAAAUUCUAGUGGUCACGGAUGUGGGCUCUUGAUAUACCCUGCUCAGUCGUUCUUAUCUGGUGUAUGCCAUCCUUUGAGCUGGAUUGUGGGAGCACAACAAAAUGGAUGGGAAGUCCUUUUAGAUGUUUCCAGUUGCCUUCCCAUGGUUGGAAUUGAUCUUUCUUUAUAUCAACCUGAGUUUGUCAUCGGUUCGCUGCACCACGUGCUUGGAUAUCCUUCUGGUGUUGCUUUUCUGCUAGUUCGAAGGAGUUCUCAUUCUAUAUGUAUCGAGAAGGGAUCAGCUCAGUUAAAAUUAGCCAAACUGCCUGAUAAUGGAAAGAAUGUUCAUGUCGUAACAGAAGGGGAAAAUUUGAAUACCCACAUAUUUGCAGCUUUGAGUUUUGGCUUUGAACAUUUAGAGAGAAUUGGCAUUGUAGCUAUUCAGAAGCGGGUAGAAAGCUUGAUCACUUGGCUGGUCAAGACUCUGAAGUCAUUGAAGCACAAGUUGGAAGAGAAGCCUCUGUUGCAGUUAUACGGAUCUCUGGAUCUGAAGUAUAGAGGCUCUAUUUUGGCAUUCAAUAUCCUCGAUUCCACCGGAAAUAUUUUUCCAGCCAGGCUUGUUCAGCAACUAGCAGUGAAGACUAACAUUUUUUUGGGUGUUGGCACUCUUGGGGAUCUCACUGUGUAUAAUAUUUUGGACCAGAAAUCAGACAAGCAGGUGGAGAGUGCGAGUUCUUAUGCAUCCACUUACAAUUGUGAAGUGAUUCGUCUGUCGCUUGGCCCUAUUUCCACAUACGGUGAUGUAUACAGGCUAGCACAAUUCUUAUCCCGCUUCAGGGAUGAAGAUUACAUGUCAUCUGAAGCUGCUGGUUAUGUUGAAGAGCUUGAGAAUGAAUAUUGAUCAGUUUAAACAAACAGCCAAUGUAUUCUCAUACCAACAGAAGCCCAUGUAAAUAUGUAAUAGACCAUAUGAGGUGAAACUAGCAGACCGUCAGAACUCUGCAUUUCAUUUGGGUGGAAUUCGUCAUGCUGUACAAAGAAUAAAAUAAAACUGCAGAAUAACAGGAAUUGCAUGCAGGGGAGAUGAUACAUUUAGGUGAAACAUUUUGGUAAGAAUAAUGCUAUUUUUCUUGGUUUUCAAGAAGGAAGCACCAAUUGCAAUCAACUGUUUGAUAAAGCAUCAUAAUCAGAAUUCUGUUUGUGCUCUAUGUUGUUGGUACUUUGUUAGGUACCACAAAAUCUUAAUGAGCUUGUUCGCUGCUAUUGGUGCUAUAGACAGUUGACUCUGAUGUUGCCAAAGUGAAAAGGAUUUUGUUGUAGACUUAUGACAGAGCAGUUCUUGAACUAGUGCUAAUCUGGAGAUGAAGGUUCCACUUUCAUCUAAUUGCUCUCAUGGACUACACAGAAAAGGAUGAGUCCAGUUGUAACAUAAUUGGGCAAGGAGGUGCUUUUUCCCACAUA